UGGUUUGUCUCCUAGUAAAAUAGCUCCUUUAUUGUAUAAAGGGAUGAGGUAGUGGAAGCAAGCUCCAAGACUCUAGGAUGACGUCUCUAGAUUCUCCUCCACUGAUGAAGAAGCUCCUUAGUUUCUUUUUAUCUACUCUUUUUCUCACUAUCGUCAACUCGGAAACCAAAUGCCGGAAUUUCAAAUCCAUCAUCAGCUUCGGUGAUUCCAUUGCCGACACUGGAAACUUGCUCGGCCUCUCUGAUCCUGACGAUCCUCCUAAAGUAGCGUUUCUGCCGUAUGGAGAAACAUUCUUCCAUCAUCCCACGGGCCGUUUCUCAAACGGUCGACUCAUCAUCGAUUUCAUUGCUGAAUUCUUGGGUUUCGCUUGUGCCACCUUUUUUGGAUCUCAAAAUGCAAACUUCGAGAAAGGAGUUAAUUUCGCGUGGGCGGAAGCAACGGCACUUGAACCAUCAAUUCUCAAGGAGAGAGGGAUUAACUUUGCUUACACCAAUGUUAGUUUAGGAGUUCAGCUUAAGAGCUUCAAGGAUGCUUUGCCUAACCUAUGUGGCUCCCCAACAGACUGCAGAGACAUGAUCGAAAAUGCUUUAAUUCUCAUGGGAGAAAUUGGAGGGAAUGACUAUAAUUACCCACUCUUUCUUGGCAAACCCAUUGAAGAGAUCAGAGAGCUGGUCCCACUUGUGAUCACUACUAUCUCUUCUGCAAUCACGGAGUUGAUUGGUAUGGGUGGAAGAACAUUUCUGGUGCCAGGAGAGUUCCCGCUCGGAUGCUCAGUAAUCUACUUGACAUUAUAUAAAACAACAAACAAGGAAGCAUACGAUUCUUCAGGUUGUUUGAAAUGGCUAAACGAGUUUGGGGUAUACCACGAUGACCAGCUUCAGGCAGAACUCAACAGACUCAGGAAGCUGUACCCUCAUGUCAACAUCAUAUACGCAGACUACUUCAACGCUCUUCUACGCCUUUCCCAAGAACCAACCAAAUUUGGGUUCAUAGACAGACGCUUGCCUGCUUGCUGCGGCUCUGGAGGACCGCGCAACUUCACAUUCGGUGGGCAAGGAAUGGAAUGUUGUAGCGAUCCUUCAAAGUAUGUGAGUUGGGACACUGUUCAUAUGACUGAGGCUGCGUACAAAUUGAUGGCUGAGGGUGUUCUUAAGGGACCCUAUGCCAUUCCACCAUUCGAUUGGUCUUGCCUCAGCUAUAAAAUAAGGAACAAUGUAUCAUCUGACAAGUAUUCUUUGAUGAACCACUAAUAUAACUUGGUCUGAAAACUGAUACUUAUAAAAACGUUUAUGCUCUUCAGUGCUUGUCUUGGUUCAUGUAUUGUCCUAAUAGACCAUUUGUAUUCUUGUUAUGGGUAAUGCAAGGAUUAAUACGAAUA